AUGAAAGUUCUUCUACUUCUGGUUUCUUUGAUUCCUUUGGUUCUUUCUCACAAGAGUUUCAUGCAAAAGAUUCCAAAUGGGAUGACAGUGCCACAUCCUUGCCAACCUGGAGCGGUCUGGAGAGCUGUUGGACAUACUAAUAUGCAUGGUGGACACAUCAUUAACAGUUUUGGUUUGGCGUUCCACAGAGCUGGUAGUGAGUGGACUAAAGAACUUUGUCAAGCGGAUUCCGACCAGGAUGGGAAGACGAACGGUGAAGAGCUCGGUGAUCCAGAAUGUAAAUGGGCACCCGACGCCGAUCCUCCGACCACGGACGCCAAGAGCCAUCCAGGUAAAUGCGACGUUUUGACAUAG